UGUGCCCGCAGCUGGAGUCUCUUAAGCAGGAUGCCCUUGAUUGCAGUUGCUGCAAAGCCCUGCUCUUUUGUUGCUAGAUUUGAUUGUAUGAUGUUUCUCUGGGAUAUCGUGGCCUUGGCUGGGCUGGAUUAUCUGGAUUGACCUGUGGAGGUAGAUGGAUGGAUGGUCCUCGCCACUGUGGACAAGAUGUUCUACACCUGGGCUGGUCCUUUCUCCGUGGCUGCCCAGGACUCCCACGCCGGGCGGAUCCCAGUGGACUGUGUCCGAGCCAAUGAGCUGUGUGCCGCAGAGCCGAGCUGCAGCUCCUGCUACCGUACCCUACGCCAGUGUGUGGCUGGCCGCGACCGCAACACCAUGCUAGCCAACAGGGAGUGCCAGGCAGCUCUGGAGGUGCUGCAGGAGAGCCCACUCUAUGACUGCCAUUGCAAGCGUGGGAUGAAGAAGGAGCUUCAGUGCCUUCAGAUCUACUGGAGCAUCCAUCUUGGCUUGACGGCAGGAGAAGGGUUUUAUGAAGCUUCCCCCUACGAGCCAGUCACAUCUCGUCUCUCUGAUAUAUUCAGGCUCGCUUCAAUUGUCUCAGGGAUGGAUCAGGCUGCCAACUCCAAAAGCAACCACUGCCUUGACGCAGCCAAAGCCUGCAACCUGAAUGACAAUUGCAAGAGGCUUCGUUCGAGCUACAUCUCUACCUGCAACAAGGAGAUGUCUGCCACAGAGCGCUGCAACCGCCGCAAGUGCCACAAAGCCCUGCGCCAGUUUUUCGACCGAGUGCCCAGCGAGUACACCUACCGGCUGCUCUUCUGCUCUUGCAAGGACCAGGCCUGUGCCGAGCGACGCCGGCAAACGAUUGUCCCCAACUGCUCCUACGAGGAGAAGGAGAAGCCCAACUGCCUGGACCUCCGGAGCCAAUGCCGGUCAGAUCCCCUCUGUCGGUCAAGAUUGGCAGAUUUCCACACAAACUGUCAAGCCAUCGUCCAGCCUCUUACCCAAUGCCCCGGGGAUAAUUACCAGGCCUGCCUUGGUUCCUACACAGGCCUAAUAGGGUUUGACAUGACACCCAACUACAUCGACUCGAGUGCCGCCAGCCUCAUCGUGUCUCCUUCCUGUUCCUGUCGGGGCAGUGGGAACAUGGAGGAGGAGUGUGAGAGGUUUCUGAAGGACUUUACAGAAAAUCCCUGUCUCCGAAAUGCUAUUCAGGCCUUUGGCAAUGGCACGGAUCUCACUCUCUCCCCCAAGACCCCCCCACUGCCCCCCAUCACCUUGCUUCCCAAGACGGAGAUCUCCCCUUUGCCACAUGAUGCCAGUGACAGCGUCACCGUCUACAACACAAGCGCGAUCACCACUUGCACCUCCAUUCAGAGGUUGCUGACUACAGAUCUGAUGCCAGAACAGAAGACAUUUGUGGACUCAAAGGGAUCUGCCACCCGGCAUUCCGUCACAGGGACCCUCUUUGCUCUCCCGUUCCUCCUUAUGAAAGUGGCGUUAUAGAAGGAAAGUGGAAUAAAGCUCUCCACGGGGAGGCAGGCAAAGUGCAACACAAACUCUGUCACACAGAGAGACAGACAAAAACACCUGCCAGAAUUUCCCUUUUGGCUUCUUGCCUUCUGGGGCCCCUGCUUUCAAAACGGCACAAUGAUCGUUGCAGAAGCUUCUGCAACACUUUUUAAGAAAAGCAAUCCUGAGGAAGCAUCUAAAUGCUGGAAAAUCGGGCUAGUUUCUUUUAAAGGGUUUUUGUUGUUCAAAGUUUGCAAAGCAAGAGCCUGAAGCUCUCAUUGUGUCAAAGCUCACACAUCUUCUGAAGGGAUCCCCAGUUGUGUUCAUGAGAAAUGCACCUGCCUUUGCAAGCAGCUAAAGAAUCUGAAGAAAGCUGACUCUGCAUGGAGAGACUGAGCCACUUGUGGCAGAUGUGCUGUAAAUUGCCACACUGCUCUGCAGGGCAAAAGACAGCGGCACCCCACCCCACCCCCACAAUUCCUUUUGGCUGCUUGGAAAUCCUGUUUCCUUUCUGCCCUGAAAAUCCAAGUCUGGUUUCCGUUGUCCUCAGAGGACCCACAGAAGGUGUCUCAACUUUCUCCUCAUGAAGCAGAAGACACAGAAGUCGCUGAUGCAGCUGCGGGGGGGGGGUCCCUUCAGGAAGAUGAAGCGCAAGGAGCAUUGUGAUUUAAGCAGGGCCCUCCAUUUUCCUGGUCUUCGGGCUGGCCAUCUUGACAGUGAACACAGUUAAGCCUUAUGGAACAAGGAGAAUAGUGGUCAGGUCUGGCAGAGGUUCUCAUUCCGCUGUUUAUUCUGAUUCCCUUCCUCUCUUCUACAAUUUUAAUGUCAGAGGGAAAAAUGUCUCCUGUUGUAAGGUUGCCCCAAUAUCAUGGUCUCCUUUGGGGUUCCAGAUGGGUGGAAAUAUCCAAUGUACAUUACGCUCCUUUGAUUAUAUGCAUAUCCAGCAUAUGUAUAUUGAGAGAGACCUAUAUCUCCAUAUACAUAUGCAUAUAAGUAACCAUACACAUAUACUGGAUGACUUUCUGUUUCCUGUUUCUUUUUUAAGGAUCAAAGCAACAACAAAAAAGUAUUAUCUUGAAGGUUUUUUCUUUUAAAAAAAACAAUGUCUACAACAGCGAACAAAAUAACCUCAUCCCUGGGACAAGAUGACAGUCCUAAGGUGGGGGGGGAGCAAAAGGAGAGCACUUGGAGUGCUUAACCAGUAAGUAAAAUAAACAUAUCCAGAGGCAAAGUGUGUGUGGCUGUUUGACUCACUGGGCUUUCCCCAUGGAGCACAACCCUGCUCCUCCUGGUGCUACUUGUGGGGUGAGAGAGGAGGAGGUGGUGGUGGUCUUCCUGGGCCUCAAAGCCCGUACAGAAAUCAAGCCGGCCCUCCUGAGUAGCCUUUGCUAAAAGUGCCUACCACAAUUGGUCUCUCUUUGUGUGAGUGCAGCUGGGAUGGCUAGAUCCCAAUAUUUCUGGUCUGUGCCUAUUUAUUUAUAUAUUUUAAAAAAACCUGUGCUGC